AUUGGAUCAAGUGUUGUAAUUAUUUCCAGACAAGUGGAGAGUCUGCUCAACCUGAAGCGAAGUGAAACAUUUAAUCAAAGUAAACACAAGAAGGCUUCCACAUCCAAGAACCAAAGAUGUAUGAUAAACAUGGCCCAGUACAAAUAGUGACUGUUAAUAAAAAUGAACACUCCUUUGAUUUGGAUACAAAGGCAAUUGAAAAGAUACUUCUAGCACCUGAAGUCCGAGAAAUGGAAGUGGUGGUGCUGUCCGUUGCUGGUGCCUUCCGUAAGGGCAAAAGUUUUCUCUUGGACUUUAUGCUUCGCUACAUGUACAGGAAGCCAGGGGAAGAUUGGCUUGGCCGGGAGGAUGAGCCCUUGACAGGGUUCUCUUGGAGAGGUGGUUCAGAGCCUGAGACCACUGGCAUCCAGAUCUGGAGUGAAGUCUUCACUGUGAGGAAAAGUAAUGGCAAAGAGGUGGCGGUGUUGCUUAUGGACACACAGGGAGCGUUUGAUCACCAGUCCACUGUGAAAGACUGUGCCACAAUCUUUGCCCUUAGCACCAUGACCAGCUCAAUGCAGAUUUACAACCUAUCUCAGAAUAUUCAAGAAGAUGACCUCCAGCAGCUACAGCUGUUCACAGAGUAUGGCAGACUGGCAAUGGACGAAAUCUUUCAAAAACCUUUCCAGUCACUCAUGUUUCUAAUCAGAGACUGGAGCUUCCCCUACGAGUAUGACUUUGGGUUGAAGGGUGGCAAUCAAUUUUUGGAUAAACGGCUCCAAGUGAAGGAUGCUCAACAUAAGGAGCUGCAGACAGUGAGACAGCACAUUCAUUCCUGCUUCACAUCCAUUAUGUGCUAUCUAUUACCUCACCCUGGACUGAAGGUCGCUACAAGCCCUACUUUUAAGGGCCAGCUCAGCGACGUGGCUCCAGAGUUUAAAAAGGGGCUGCAUAGUCUCAUUCCCAUGCUGCUGGACCCUGACACGAUGGCUGUAAAAGAGAUUAAUGGAAACAAGGUGACCUGCAGAGGCUUGCUCGAGUACUUCAAGUCGUACAUCAAAAUAUACCAGGGUGAAGACCUACCACAUCCAAAGUCCAUGCUAGAGGCGACAGCCGAGGCUAACAAUCUGGCAGCAGUGGCAUCCGCUAAGGACCAGUACUACAAAAACAUGGAAAAGGUCUGUGGUGGACAUCUGCCUUAUGUAGCUCCUGAAUCUCUGCUAGAAAAGCAUCAGUUCUUCCUAAGUGAGGCUCUCCAUCACUUUAACAGUAUUAAAAAGAUGGGUGGGAAGAACUUCUGCGAGCGGUACCGGGCUCAGCUGGAGAUUGCGCUAAACGAGCUCUGGGAAUCUUACAGCAAGCACAAUGAGUCGAAGAACCUUUUCAGUGCAUUCCGGACACCAGCUGUGCUUUUUGUUGUGGUUUGCCUCCUGUACGUGCUCUCGGCAGUCUCGUUCUUUGUCGGCUUGGUCAGCAUCUCUUUCGCGUGUGACUGUAUGCUCUGCCUGGCCAUGAUCGCUAUGCUCACCUGGGCCUUCAUUCGCUACUCUGGAAAAUACAGAGAAGUUGGCACUGCCAUAGACAAGACUGCUGGAGUAAUGCUUGAUCAGGCUACACAUGUGUUAAACAAGAACAAAGGUCCAGCAGUUAUACAAGACAAGAAAACAAGAUAGCUUCUCAGGCAAAUCAAAUAUACCAAAUGAGAUGCAAACUGCACAGCACAAGUUUAAUCAGUUAUUAGACACCAAAUCUUUAAAAUAUGGCAUUUAAACAUGAUCUCACUUACUUUUUCUUUACGUUGUACAAUCACUGUCAUUCAGGGCGGCAAAUAUUUUAUCUGUUUAUUCAAAACAAAUGUAUGGCUGGCUGUUUUCACACUACAUUGAGAAGGUUUUAUUUAUUUACCUGAUAUUCCAAUCUGUAGUAAAUUCCUAAAACUAAGAAUUUACACACGGACACAUACUGGUUGUAUCAUUUUUCUCUUUGCUAUCAUUUGAGCACCGAUGUACAUUUGAUUGUACUAUAGAUUAAAAGCAAUUGCCAGCAUGAUUUGGCACAAGAGCUAUUCUCCUUAAAGGAGCUGAACUGAUUUGUUUACAAGUACUAAUUCAACCAAAGAUCUGCCAUAGUAGUAUAAUGCACAGACACCUUUCAUUGCAGUUAAUCAUGCAAUAUGAUUGACUUUCACUUAAUAUAAAUUGUUUUUCAUGUAUAUAUUAAAAUGUGCCUCUCUAUAUAUGACAAGAUAUGACUUCAUUCACACUUAAGAUUUAUAUGAAGUGUAUUGUUAAAAAUAUAACACAACUUUUACAAAGCAUUGUUACUUUGGCACCAGAAUGGGACUAUGUAUACAUUCCAUUUUUCUAUCUUACAUGUAUUGAUUAUGUUGUGCUUUCUGUAUUUUAUAAAUUGCUUUCAUGCAUCUUCUCCUCUGUUUCUGGUAUGUUAGCCAUUCAACUACCAACAAAGUAUUGCUUAAGAACUGAACAGUAGGGUUGUUUUAUAUUCCAUGUUUACCGUUUGUUUGCUAGUAGUAUUAUCCUCUAUUUCUAGUGGAAGUUGUACCUGUCAGAUACAUUACAUCUUAAAAAUGUAGUUUCUGGUAAUGAAUUGCUUCCGAUUAUUUGUAUAUAACACAUUCUCACAGGUCAUGACCGGUUGCGUGAUAUUAUGUUAAAAUGUUCAGUUUCAGUUAUUCCAAUUAUUUCUAUAUGUUACUUUGAUUGUGACUGAAUGGACACCAAUUGUUUCUUCCAAGAAAUCGAUUUUCUAAAAAGACAACAUAAUCUGCUAAAGAAAAACUAAACAUACAGCGACAAAGAUUCAUUUGGUUGUGUGUGAAGUUCUGUAUUGUCAUUUAAAUGUAUAGAAUGACAUUCUAAUUCCACUGCCAAUCAAGCUUUACACAACCAUGGACUUUUCAGAAAAUCUAAAACAAUUUUAUGGAAAACAAACUUGAAUUUUAACAGGUGUAAUAAUCAUUUAGUAACAAAAAAAGAACAGCUACAAAAAAAUCACUGACAUUCCAAGAAUGCUGUUACAAAAAUUUAGUAAAUGCAGUUUUGACCUCUAUUAUAAAUUACUGAAUGUCUAAUAGAUGAUCAACAGUAUAUUAGAGAUGAAGUGCAAGUUGAAGUGCAAGUUGACUUAAUUAGUUGGGUAAUACAUCAGUGAAUUAGUGAUACACUUAUUUAGUUGAUUUAGCCUUUCCUGUCCAUUUAAAACCUUUUUAAUAUCUAGAUCAGGUCAAGUACUGUUAAAUAACAUUGUAAUGACAUUCAGUUUUUUUUAGGUCCAUGUUUGCAGCUUAAACACAUCACAGUUAUAAAGAAGUAUGUUAACAUAUCUUGAGUGACAAAGAAAUUGCGCUAUUGUAAUGUUUAGCCUAAAACCAAGUGUAUGUUCAGGGCAUUUGUGUAGAAUGUAAUUGGUGUUUAUAAAUCUAAGUACUGCGAUGCCUCAGCAUAUAGGUCACUUUCAUAUAAAACUUUUUCUAAAUGUUUGGUCUGGUUUUCAGUAUGGGGUCUCUGCUUGUUUAUAGUCAUUAAGGUUCAUCCACGGUGCUAAGAAAGUGGACUAUAUCGUUUUGUUGUGCAUUUCAUCAAUAAAGUUACACUCAAGUC